GGUUAUUGUCAUUUUACAAAAUAGUGGAUCACUAUGUUUUUGUAACCACACAUUCAAAGUAUUAAAAUAUUGACCAAAAAUUCGUGUAGAUUGGAAUGUGAUUUCUCCGAAAAUUGAAAAAAGUAUUGUGUUAGUUUAUUACCAAUUAUCCUGAAUAUUCAUCAAAUACUUGCUUAGAAGAAAAUCAACAUGGACUUCCUAGAAUACUCCGAUAUCCAAGCCGAAAUAAAGGGAAGUAUGACCCCAGGGAAAUUGAAAAUGACUGAUCAGAAUAUAGCAUUCAAAAAUAGCAAAACAGGGAAAGUGGAGCAGAUACAAGUUACAGAUUUAGAUGAUGUUUUCUUUCAAAAUUUUGCUGGCUCACUUGGCCUGAGGAUAUUCCUCAAAAACGGUAAUCUAUUCAGAUUUGCGGGUUUCAAAGAAUCCGAAAAAGAAAAACUGGCCAAAUAUUUUUCUUCCUCAUGCAAGAUUACUUCAUUAGAAAAGGAACUCAGUUUGAAAGGUUGGAAUUGGGGUACAGCCAAAUUCACUGGAUCUGUACUCAGUUUCAAUGUUGGGGAAAAAACAGCCUUUGAAAUUCCACUGAACUAUGUAUCACAGUGUACUUCUGGAAAGAAUGAAAUCACAAUGGAAUUCCAUCAAAAUGAUGAUGCUCCUGUAAGUUUAAUGGAAAUGAGAUUCUUCAUCCCACAAAACGAGUUAGCUGGAGAUACAGAUCCUGUUGAAGCAUUCCAAGAAAAUGUCAUGAAGAAAGCAAGUGUGAUCAAUGUUUCUGGAGAUGCUAUAGCAAUAUUCAGAGAAAUCCACUGCCUGACACCUCGUGGUCGUUAUGACAUUAAAAUAUUCAACACCUUUUUCCAACUCCAUGGUAAAACCUUCGAUUAUAAAAUACCCAUGUCUACUGUUCUGAGGUUAUUCAUUUUACCUCAUAGAGAUCAAAGACAAAUAUUUUUUGUUAUAAGUUUGGAUCCUCCAAUAAAGCAAGGACAAACAAGAUACCAUUUUCUUGUACUAUUGUUUAGACAAGAUGAAGAAGAAACAAUUGAACUACCCUUCAGUGAGGAAGAGCUGAAAUCUAAGUUUGAAGAUAGAUUAGAAAAAGAGAUUUCAGGACCUACAUAUGAAGUGUUAGGAAAAGUUAUGAAAGCAAUAAUAAACAGGAAAAUUACUGGUCCAGGCAGUUUUAUUGGUCAUAGUGGUACUCCAGCUGUUGGAUGUUCUUAUAAGGCAGCUGCUGGUUUCCUGUAUCCCUUGGAAAGGGGCUUUAUUUACAUUCACAAACCCCCAAUCCACAUACGUUUUGAUGAAAUUGCUUCUGUCAAUUAUGCUCGUGGUGGGGGUAACACAAGAUCCUUCGAUUUCGAAAUAGAGUUAAAAUCUGGCACUGUGCACACAUUCAGUAGCAUUGAAAAAGAGGAAUAUGCAAAACUAUUUGAUUUCAUCUCUUCUAAAAAACUCCACGUUAAAAAUAGAGGCAAAAACGAGAAGGCAUCUUAUAAAGAUGAUUUCGGUGAUUCUGACAAUGAAGGUGCUCCAGAUGCUUAUUUGGAACGUGUCAAAGCCGAAGGUCAAGAAAGAGAAGAAGAAAGUGAGGAUGAGAGCACAGAUGAAGAUUUCAACCCUGACGCUGCUGGUAGCGAUAAGGGUGAUGACAGUAAAACUAGCGAAAGUUCUUCAGAAGGAGAAGAAGAUGCAUAAUCUACAUAAUUUGUUAGGACAUUUUUAAUGUGUUUGAAAUGUUUUCAGUUGAAUAAAUUUUUAAUUUUUA